CCAAAUCCUCCCCGAGACCUGUCUAUCUGCCUCACGCCGACCACCUCUCUCCCCAAGGACGCUGGACGCCUUCCCCUCCCACCGCGAGCUGUUCUCUAGAUUCUCUGACCUGGUGUCGUUCUACAGCCCCCAACUCUCCCCCCCCCGCUAGUCGGUACCUUCUCCUCAUCGACCCACCUGCAUCUCAUAGGCAUAUAAACUCUCUCGCUCGUGCUACUAUCAUUCGAAAUGAUGAGCUCCCUGUCGCCUGUCUCCGCUAUGCCUCCGAGCCAACCUCCUCUGAACCUCAACGAACUGGAGAGCUUCUUAGCUGAGCUCAAGUCCUCUUCAGUCGUUGACCGUCCUCUGAUCGAGUUCUCGGACGCCCCCUCGCUUUGUGAUGGUUACAGCUACUAUCAGCCUCAGCACCACCCCCACUAUCAGCACCACCGCCCUGCUGCCAUCAGCACCCACCCCUACAACCCCUCAAUCGGCGGCUAUGCCCACCCCGGCCUCCAGGCCCAACCCAUCUCUCCCAUCCACCAAGUCGCCCCGUACCCCGCCAACGUCUCGCCCGUGUAUCCCGGCUCGAUUCACCCCUCGGCUCCCAUGGAGGCCCAGAUGCCAGCUGGAAUGGCUCUGUCCCUCAUGGCUGCCGGUGUGCAUCCCCACAUGCCCUCGCGCUACACGCCACCUCCCAGCCCCCCCGCCGGCGAGAUCUAUGCCUCGGGUGUCCCCCAUCCUGCCGCCCUCAAGCCCGUCCCCAUCGCUUUGUCCAGUGCCUCGUAUCCGCCCGCGCAGCCUGUCUUCCCCGUCGAGCAGUACAGCUACCCCUACCCCGCUGUCCCCCCUGUCCCCAUGCAGUACUCGCCUGCUCCUCAGGGCUUUGCUGCCCCCUACGCCACCGCCAUUCCCUCCAAGUCUCCCUUUUUGGAAGAGCCGGUUCUCUCCAAAGAAGCCCCGAAGCGCGUCUGGAGGUGCACCCUUCCAGACUGCGAAAAGGUCUACAAGACGGGAGCGGGUCUGCGCUGGCAUAUGAAGCACUUCCACAAGCGCCCCGGUGUUCGGUCGCUCAACAAAAAGCCCACCCCGUACACCUGCCAACUGUGUUGCAAGUCGUACUCUACUCUAGCUGGCCUAAAGUACCACCAAAAAACCAAUCCUCAUAUCGACGCUGUGUCGUCUUCGUCGUCCUCGUCCUCGUCCUCGUCGCCCUCGACCUCGCCGACCCCCGAGUCGGCGCCCUCGCCUUCUCUGCUCGAGGAGGACGGGCUCAUCUCCGCGGCCGACUACGAGCUGUUUUUCCAAGAUCUUUUCCAAGUUAAACCGAAUCCGAAUAUUUAACUUGCGCCUCUGUCCGUGUUGCUCUUGCACGCCCUCCUCCAUCCACACGGUCUUGUUUGUCUUUUUUUGUUACCUCAUCAAUUUUGUGUAAUCCUCGCGGGACCUCAAUAAUAUCUAGAAAAGACAUGGUA